UUUUGAUUGUUGAUACAGUCCCAAACUGACCCUUAAUCGCUCUUUCCUCUGUAAGAUUCGCGUUUCCAUCCAUGCACUGAUUAAUCAUUCAGCUUUUUCUUCAACCUCUCUCCAUUACAACUUUUUGUUUCGUUAUAAUAUUCUGCUAAACAAAUGGUAAAUAGUACCCGUUCUAGUCAAAAGGCUAAGGAUGAAGAAAUUAAUAAUGGGAGGGUGACCCGGAGUAGCGAGAAAGCAAAAAUCAACGCACAUCUGCAUGUAUCGGAUGCAGCUGGUAUUAGAAAGUCUCUGAGAGAAACACUGACGACAAAGAUAAUUGCAAGCUCUUCAAGUACUCGGAAGUCCGGGCGAGUAGAGAAGAGACCACUACCAACUCCUGAAGCUAGAAGGAAAUCUGAAAGGGUUGAGAAAAAGAAGACGCCAAGUCCUUUGACGAGAUCUGGAAGAACUAGAAAUCAUUCUUCUUCCAGUCUUUCCGAUUCUAAAAGCUCAGGGUCAUCAGGUUCAAGUUCAAGUUCAAGGCAGAAGCUAAAGAAAGAGAAGAGUGUGAAACAGUUGAUAUUUGAAGCCAACGAAGUGAACGUAAAUGAAGAACACAAUAUGGGAACUUCUGAUGUUAAAAUAAAGAGAAUGGACGCUCGCAUGUAUCGGUCUCUCUUUAAACAACGAAAGAAAGAUUGCCUUGGGAUAUUGGAUAGGAUUAGUAAACCAAAUCAGGAAGGUGACAGUAGUAGUGGCGCCAAGAUUGACGAAUUAUCUAAAGAGAGUUGUUCAGAUUGUAAAGAAGUCUCAAAGAAUGGUGCACUACCAUCUGAAGAUGCCAAAGCAAAAGAGACCAGAGUUGACUCUAGGUUGAGUGAGCCUAUGACAAGUCUAGCAGAAAAUAAUGUGACUCCAGGUUUAUUUAUACCAUCUAAUGCCCCACCUCAUGAUAAUAGUGUGGUACCAAAAAGGGUACGGCCUGAUUGCUGCCGAGAGGAUCCAUUAUCAAUGUUAGUGUCAGGAAAUUCUAUACUAGAUGAUGCGGAUUUUGUUAGUAACAAUGUUGGGUUUGAUGGGGGCGAAAAAUUGGCACCUUCGAAGAUAAAGGAAAUCACAGUAGACAUGGAUUCAAAUGAUUCUUCCACAUUAUCUAAAGGUGACAACUGCAAUUUAGUUCAUGUGGCUAUCCCUUCAAGGUUAGGUGGAAAUAUUUUGGGGAACGGCGACUCAUGUUCCAGACGAAUAAGGUUGGAUUACAAUUCUACAGUCAAGGAGUCGUGUGACCCACGUGCAACCGAGCAUCAAGAUGGAGAUGACAUCGAGGCUACUAAGCUGCAACAGGAUUGUCUUGCGAGUGUUGCUAAAAAUAUAUGUUUAAUUUGCAAGGGUGAAGGACAAUUAUUGUCUUGUGGUGGAAAAGGAUGCAAUGGAUACUAUCAUCUUUCUUGUCUUGAACCUCCCCUGCUCAAUGCUCCGCUUGGAGUUUGGCAUUGCCAUACUUGUGUGAGGAAGAAGAUUGAAUUCGGUGUACAUUCGGUGUCAGAGGGAGUAGAAUCCGUUUGGGAUAUCAAAGAAGCUUCAUUUUCAAAUCUUGAUGGAAUUUCAUCUCAAAAGGAAUUUCUUGUGAAAUAUAAAGGUCUUGCUCAUGUUCACAAUCGUUGGGUGCCAGAAAAUCAGUUACUUCUUGAAGCCCCUUUGCUGCUUAUGAAAUUUAUUCAGAAUGAUCAGAACCCAAGGUUGAGGCCAGAAUGGAGUUUACCACAUCGCCUGCUGCAGAAGAGAGCAUUUUUCUUUGGCAAACAGCAUGAUGAUCAAAGUAAUAACUAUGCAGUUGAUGAUCGUGACUGUUGCUAUGAAUGGCUUGUGAAAUGGCGUGGUCUUGGUUAUGAGCAUGCUACAUGGGAGUCAGACAAUGCUUCUUUUCUUUAUUCACCUGAAGGCCAGAGCUUAAUCAGCAGCUAUGAAAGGCGUUUCCAAAGAGCAAAGAGAAUUGAUUUGCAUUCCAAAUUAGAUAAGAAACUAGACAGGGGAAAUUCUAUUAAUAAGUUACUACAGAUGCCUGGUGGAGUUUCUGCUGGAUUUGGUAACCAUAAUUUGGAUGCAGUUAACAAACUACGCGAGUAUUGGCACAAGGGUCAGACUGCUAUUGUAAUUGACGAUCAUGACCGGAUUUUGAAAGUGGUUGCUUUUAUCUUAUCUUUGCACUCUGAUACUUAUCGACCUUUCCUUAUCAUCUCAACUGCUGCUUCUCUCCAUUCAUGGGAAGAUGUGUUUUACCAGUCGGACCCAUCUAUAGAUGUUGUCAUUUACAAUGGAAACAAAGAGAUACGCAACAAUAUUAGGAGACUUGAAUUUUAUGGUGAAGAACAGUGUUUACUCUUUCAAGUGCUCAUAGUUGUUCCAGAGAUUGUCAUUGAGGAUAUAGAUUUUUUGGAAGGCAUAGAAUGGGAAGCAAUCGUUGCAGAUGACUGCCAAUCCCCUGCAAUCUCGCCCUACUUCAAACAAAUUAGGAUGUUAAGCACACAUUUAAGGAUUCUUCUUUUCCGUGGUCAAAGGAAGGAUAGCAUUGUGGAAGACAUAAAUUUUCUGGCUCUUCUUGAUGGCCAUAGUGAUAAUGAAACAGAUGGUUUAAUAUCUAAUUCCAAUAAUAGGGCUGUUCAACUGAAGGAGAAAUUGUCAAGUCAUAUUGCAUACAGAUGCAAGUCUGACUCCUUUAGGUUUGUUGAAUAUUGGGUUCCUGUACAAAUAUCUAAUGUGCAGCUUGAGCAGUAUUGUGCUACUUUGCUUUCAAAUGCUUCAAUUCUUUGCUCGUCACCUAAGGUUGAUAGUGUUGGGGCCAUUCGCAAUGUCCUCAUUUCGAUCCGUAAGUGUUGUAAUCAUCCCUAUGUUAUCGAUCUGUCCGUGCAAGGUUUACUAACCAAGGGCCUUGUUAAAGAAGCUGAGAUUCUGGAUGUUGGAAUAAAAGCAAGUGGCAAACUGCAACUACUUGAUUCAAUGCUCACAGAGUUGAAAAACAAAGAUUUAAGAGCACUCGUUCUUUUCCAGUCUAUUGGAGGUUCUGGAAAGGAUUCAAUAGGAGAUAUAUUGGAUGACUUCCUGCGACAAAGAUUUGAAUCAGAUUCAUAUGAAAGAAUUGAUAAAAGUCUUUCGGCUUCCAAGAAGCAAGCCGCCAUGAAGAAGUUUAACGACAAGAAUAAUAAGCGGUUUGUCUUUUUGUUGGAAACAUCUGCUUGCCUUUCAAGCAUCAAAUUGUCAUCAAUUGAUACUAUUAUUAUAUUUGAUAGUGAUUGGAACCCAAUGAAUGAUAUAAAAUCCCUUCAGAAGAUAACACUUGAUUCACAGUCUGAGUUCAUAAAAGUGUUCCGUUUUUAUUCGACAUUCACUGUUGAGGAAAAAGCCUUAAUACUUGCUAAGCAAGAUAAGGCAGUUGACAUCAAUGUAACUUAUGCCAACCGGAUUAAUAGCCACAUGCUCCUGAUGUGGGGUGCAUCACGCCUCUUUGAUGAAUUGAGGGGAUUUCACGAUGGUGCAACUUCUACACUAUUGCUGGAAAAAACUGUCCUAGAGUUCUCAAGCAUUAUAUCCGAGGCUGGUGAAGCUACUGAUAGAAGCAACUGCUCAAUUUUAUUGAAAGUCCAGCAAAAUGAGGGAGGAUACUGUGCAAAUUUUCCUUUGCUUGGUGAGCUGAAACUUGGGUCUCUGGAUGAAGAGUCACCUCAAAAUUUUUGGACUAAACUAUUGGAGGGAAAACAGUUUCAAUGGAAGUACUCAUGUAGUACAUCUCAGCGGAGCCGGAAAAGAAUUCAGCCUUUUAAUAGUUUGGCAGGUGGGCCCGACCUUGUGAGUGAAGGCAUGGUGAAGAAGCGCAGGAAAGUGGGCAGCAAUAUUGUUGAUCAGCCUUCAUCAAAUUCUGAGGGUGAAAAGUUAUCCACUGGAAUCAAGGCAGAUAGACCUCACGGUAAUGAUAUUGAAUCUGAGAAAAAGAGUAGUGUUCGUGAUGAGCAGAGAAGCUUAUAUCUUUCUCUGAAGCCAGAUAUCACAAAGCUCUGUGAAGUUCUUCUUCUCCCAGAUAAUGUCAAGAAGAUGGUUGAUAAUUUUCUUGUGUAUGUUAUGACCAAUCAUCAUGUCAUUAGAGAACCCGCGUCGAUAUUACAGGCUUUUCAAAUAUCUCUGACUUGGACUGCUGCUUCUUUGCUAAAGCACAAACUUGACCACAAGGCUUCUCUUAUUCUUGCAAAAAAACAUUUGAAUUUUGACUGUGAGAAAAGAGAGGUGGAGUACAUUUAUUCUAUGAUGCGGUGUCUAAAGAGAAUAUUUUUAUAUCAUACAAGCAAUUAUCAUGGUACUCUUUCGCCAAAAGCUUCUGAAUCAUCAAAUGGACUUUCAUGUACAGGAGUGGCACAAGAGGUUGAAUUGUUCAAAAAAGAUUUGUCCAAAAGCAUUAAAGAGAUUCAGAAAAAGUGUGAAAAGUACUUGAAUAAGCUACACCUUAAGCAGCAGGAAGAGAAAAAUAGGUCGAGAGCAGUAAUUGAAGUUGAAAAGGCUGGAUUGGAGAGAACAUUCAAAAUAGAGUUAGCAUUCAUUCGAUCCUGCUCUCCUAAUGAGGUGUCGAAAACAGAAAUGCUCAAGAUUUUGAAUAUUGAUUAUCAAAAAAGGAUUGAAGAACUGAAUUGUCAGCAUGAAACAAAUCUCAAGGUUCUUGAGGACGAACAAUCAGCUCAAAUGCUAAAGUUUCAAGACUGGGAGGCCACUUGGGUGGAAGCUGUGAAGUCUUGGGCACAAAAUGAAUUGCUAAACAUAGUUACUUCAAAGGAACUUGGGACUGGGGUUGAUUACUUGCAGAUGCGUGAUCAAGUACAGUUUCCUGGUGGUCCAAAUAAUCAUUUUGCUGAAGUAAAUGGUCAUGAUAAUAUGGUUGAAUCCUUGAAAGAAACUGGCACUGGGGUUCUUGAAACCCAUUCCCCUGCAGUUGGUAGAACAGUUGAACAGCAAAAUUCUCCAGUUAGGCAUGACGAUUCUAAUGAAAUGGAUAUUAUGGUUUCAAAUGAUCGACCAAUCUUUGGAAGUGAGGACCAUAAUACAACUGAAAAUCAAUAUGUAAGUCAAGAAAAUAUUGUCUCUAAACAUUCCCAAUCCAGAGAACAGAAUUCUGAUGGUGCUACAAGCAUGACAGAUGAAGAUAAUAGGUGUGAAAAUUUUGGCCAUGGGUCUCGAGAUGGUAGUGAGAAGCCUAGUUUCGGCAUCACGUGCUUGCCAGAUUGUAGAGAACAGAAUUCUGAUUGUGCUAAAAGCAUGACAGAUGAAGAUAAUAGCCGUGAAAACUCUGAUGGAGUCUCAUCAAGUGUACCUGAAGGACAAAUUCCAGUUGAAUUGCAAGAAACUACUAAUGAAGGGGACUCUGUAAGUGUAUCAGAAAGGCAGGUACCUGUUGAAAUGCCUGUGACAGCCAACUUUACUGAUUGUCUGCUGCAGAAUGCAACAACUCUUCUGAACCCCCCUUCAUCUGUGAAUCAAAUAUCUGAAAGAGGUUCAUUAGAUGUUCCAGUUUUAGAUGGUGUUUUAUCAUCAAGGCCUUUUCAAGCUGUUUGUUCAACCAGUUUCCAAGAUACAAUUUCCCUUUCAAAUCCACCUUUGGAGAAACAAAUACCUGAUGGAGUCUCUUUGAGUAUUACUGAUGGAGAUAUUCCUGUUACAGUGCCAGAAAAUGCCCAUGCAGUGGCUGAUUGUCAUAAUAAAGAUAUAGAGCCUUCGACAAAUGCUAUGUUGGUGGAUAACAGUACCACAAAUGACCAGGAGGAAGGAGUACUUAGAAGCAUGACCAGUGUCCCAGUAUCUAGACAAGUUAAUGUCAUAGAUCCUCUGGAACAAAAUAAACAAUUGCCAUCUGUGGAGUCCACUGCUGAAAAGGAUUCAGGUGGGGAAAUGCAAAAUUCUUCUGAACAGGUUGAACUAGCAUCUAGUUCAGCUGAUGUUGCACUAGCCAGUCAAAUCAUGAUGAUGCCUUUGAAGCAGGUGCAUCAACUACCAGCUGCAGAGCUCUCUUCCAACUUGGCAACUGAAGAUGAACAUCAGCCAACCAGUGUAAGUGAUAUCCCCACUCAUCAUCCUGAGGUAUCUUCUGUGGUUCCAAACAAAGAUGCUGUGCAACCACACUCAAAUUCGGAACUUGGUUUACAUUCAAAUCAAGUUGCUGUGCACCCUGCCACAAAUUCAGAUCUUGCUUCACUUACAGCCAGUAGAGUAAGAGCCCAGUCUUCCAACCCAAGAAAUUUGUCAAAUCCUUUGGAGAUGAAUAAUCAUCCUAUCCAAACUACAGCCCAUUCAUCUCCCAGAACGCUUCCGCAUUUGUGCUAUGAUCCACUUAAAAAUGAAUUCGAAAGAAUACAGAAAGUAAUAGAACAGACUUCGAAAAACCAUGAAGAUAUGAAAUUGCGGUUGAAAUCUGAUUUUGAAAAGGAAUUAGAGGAACUUCGAAGAAAAUAUGAUGUUAAGUUACAGGAGCUUGAAGUUGAAUUUCAGCAAAAAAAGAAGACUCUGGAUACAAAUCUUCACACGGUUUGUGUGAAUAAGAUCUUGGCAGAUGCUUUUAGGUCUAAAUGCUUGGAUCUUAAAGUAUCUGGUGCAUCGGUAAUGCAGCAUGAUUCAGUUGCACAGCAGGUGCUUCAACUUUCAAGACAACAAACUGCUACUCGGCCAGUCAUGGUUUCCGGUUCUUCUUCCGGCGAGCCUCCUGCGACCAGUCUGCCCAGUCCCCCCAUUGCUAUUAGCUCACCGCAUAUGGUACCACCUGGUUACAGUAGUAUGCCACGUACUUUCUCCAGUGUCUCUGCAAGACCACCUCUUAUAAAUACUACUAGGCUUUCAACCGCCCUAGAUAUUCAAACUGGUGGUGAGAUACGAGCCCCUGCACCACAUUUCCAGUCUUUUAGACCUCCAACAUCUGUUCCACCCUCCAGUUUCUAUCCUCUUCCACGAGGGAUGCCAAGUCAGAUAGCACCUAGUAACACUCGAGCAACUUCUCCCUCAUAUUCUCAUGGCCCACCCCGGCAAAGACCGACAACCUAUCAGUCUGAUCCACAAAUGGGACGCCGGCCUGACAGUGCAGGCAGGUUAGCCACUCCAAACUUACCUGCCAUGGGUUUGCGUGGGAAUGUUGGCAGUCAAUCUACUAUAAACCCUCUGAAUGUUAUUUCACGUUCGUCAGAUGCGGCUCCAGUGAACCUAACCAGAUUUGGGCCCAAUAACAGCACCGUGGUGGCUAACUCAUCGAAUCAAGCUGCAUCUCCAGAUUUAGUAUGUUUAUCAGAUGAUGAGUGAUGACUGACCAGUUUAGUUUUUCAAUACACACAGCCAUGAUAUAGCUCUGUUUAGUUGGGAGGGUUAUGUUGUUGGAUCAAUGGCAGUGUAUUGCGAUUUUGUUUUUUACUGGCCAACUAUUUGUUCUAAUUAUUGAUAUUAAAAUGUAUAUAAUAAAUAUAUAAAAGUAAUCCAAAUGUUUAUCUGAUUUUUUCUCUGGUACA